CUCAUCUAACCUAGUUAUAAAAUUAUUAUGUAAAAAAGAGGUUAAUAAAUAGAAAAAAAAUUUAUUCCUUGUCGUAUAUUGAAUUCAGAAAUUUAAUUUUCAAAAAUAUGGAUUACGCGAGAAAAUUAGGAAAUCCAAAACCAUCAUCACCUUUAAGAAAACAGUCAAAAAUUACCACAAAUUACAAACACCCGACAACAUUCACAGAAUCUGUAAUUGAAGAUAAAAAAUUGACUAACUGGAAAAAAUGGUUAAAUAUAAGAAAAAAAGAUCAGGAGAAUUAUAAAAAAAUUUUAAAACGAAAUGAAAAUAAACUUCUUCUAAAUUCUGGCGAUAAUUAUAGAUCUCGACUUGAAACUCGAGAAUUAAUGGAAAUUGCCUCGAAUCCAGAUUAUUUUACAAAAAACGAUAUUGAUCUCAAUUUUUGGAUAACACCAGAAAUUCUUUCCAAUCAUGGAAAUCCUCAUUUACCCUGUGUCGAGGUACCUUCGAAUAGAAAAUUAAAAUCAAUUGAUAAAUUUGUCUAUGUCGCAACGCCAGAUUUAAUUUUAGAGGAAAAAGGUUUAGCGAAAUCAAAUGAAUUGAAAAAAUCGAUAAAACAUGAAUUGAAUUUACCAAAAAUGGAAAAAUUAUUUAUUCAAGGAAAACAUUUAGCAGGGAAAAAUAUCAUCAGAAAAGUGCCUAUAAUAACAAUAACAACUGCCGAAGAAACUGAGAGAGAAACUAAUGAAUGGUCUAUUAAUCACGAUGCAAUGAUUGCAGCUUUGAGAAUUGAAAAUGAGGAAAUUGUGAGAAGAUUAAAUCCAAGAUUUGAUGAAUCAAAAGAAAAUUAUAAUCGAACCUAUAAUUGGGAUAUUAAAUUCAGUUCCAAGAUUAACGAAAUUUUAGAGAAACAAAUUUUUUUCGAAAACAAAGGAAAUAUAAAAAUAUCUUAUAACUGGAGACCAAUUUUUUAUAAUUCUAUCAACUUUCCACAAGGGGGAAAAAAAGUUAGUCCUUUCUUUUUUAAUAAAAAUCGUGGUAUUAUUUUGCCUGGACAAAUUUUAAACUUUUCCAUUUGGUUUAAAGCCGGAAAUACGGGAGUAAAAACUGAAAAUUGGAAAUUUGUGACUGAUCCCAUUUUGUGUCGUGAAGAUAUUACUUUUCGUUUUUGGGGAUGUUGUACUGAGGAAAUUAUUUCCAAAACCAAAGUUGAAGAAAUUGAGAAUUAUCUCAACAAUCGUAUCAGAGACUCGGCAAUUAAAGAAAUUCUCGAGGAAAUAGUAAACGAUUCACUAAUAUUUCAACCGGCAGAACCUCCUUAUGAAGAUCUUUUUCUCGAAUGUGAUAUAUUCACCGCCAAAAAUCCAUCAUAUUUUUAUAAUUCAAUUCUAAUAAAAGAAUUCCAUGAGAUUUACAAUAAAAUUUUUUCAAACUCAACAAGUCACGAGUGGAAUCUCUCUAUUAUCGAUUUACGAAAUAUCAUUCUCGAAAUUGAAGAUUCAGAAUUUCGUCAAAAAAUAUUAUCACAUUUUGUCAGUGUUUGCAAAGCAGCUUCAGAACCUAUUGUUUUUAGUUCAACAAAAGAUGAAAAAUAUGGGAAAAUUUAUAAUUUAUUGUGCUCAUUUUUCAAUAAAUUUGAAAUCGAAAGUGAAACUAUUAUUAAGAAUGUUUGCUUUCAAUGUAAAAUGGAUUCUGAAUUAGCAAUUGAAAAUGUAUCAUCGCAAUCUAGGUCAAAUAGUCUCUCGUGGAAUUCCACGGGAAAAUUGACACCACAGUUGAAAAUGAAGCCAAAGAAAAAACUUCAGAGGGAAAGUUCAAAUCAUUCUAUGAAUGAUAAAGAGAUGGACAAAGUAAUAAUAAAAAAAUGGAUUAUUUUGAAAUCUAGUGAUAUUAUUUUGUAUGAGGAAAUAUUUUAUCUGAGGAUUUAUGAAAUACUGAAAGAGACAAUCAGUAAAGCGUGUGCUAUUAUUGAUUCCUUUGUGAGACUGAAUGAACCAGAAAACUAGAUAAAAGUUGCUAUUAGAAAGAGAGAGAAGAGAUUUAAAAUAAA